AAAUAAUAAUCAAGUGUUGAAGUUUCUGAUGAGUUUAAUUGGUUGAUUUGCUAAAAUGGGAGUGCUCAAUUUACUGUGAUUUCGAUUGUAGAUGACGACCCACAUGUUCCAGCCUACUUUUAUCUCCUUGACCAGUAACGGUUCAGUCACUCUGUUCUAGAAUUUUGUCUUCUUUUCUGCUCCAUUUUAAUUGAUAGGAAAGUUGGGUGUAUAUGUAUUUAUCUCCUCCCUCUCUCUGUAUUCGGAAUCGCAGAGACGAAACUGCUGUUUCGGGUUCCUUUUAAUUUCAAAGACUUUCAAGUGGUGAAGUUUCUGAUGAGUUUAAUUAGUUGAUUUGCUAAAAUGGGAGUGUUCAAUUUCACUGUGAUUCCGAUUCUCCUCAAAAUUUCUUUGCGAUUGCCUGUUAUCAGUGACGGUUCAGUCCUUCUGUUCUAGAAUUUUGUGUUGUUUUAGUCGGUUCAUUUUGGCUUCUUAUAUAUAUAUAUAUGAGUUACCAUUUUCUGUGGCUAAUUACGAUUUUUCCUUUUUUAGUUUGCUUACCAAAAUUUGAUUUCCUAAGUUGUAUAUAUCUUCUCCCUAUCUCUCUCUGUAUUCAGAAUCGCAGAGAAGAAGAAGCUGAUUUGGGUUCCUUUUAAUUUGAAAAAAAUUAGUGUUGAGGUUUUUGAUGAGUUUAAGCUGAUUUGCAAAAUGGGAGUGUUCGAUUUCACUGUGAUUCCGAUUCUCGAUGACCCACGUUCUCCUUCAUCACCCUCUUCAAAAUCUUGUCAUAAUACGAUGGAGAAGGGAUUGAAAUCAAGUCACUUACUAGUUAAAGAGAUGAACAAGAAAAAAGAAAGAAUCAGCAAGUCUAAAGCUACUAGUAGUGCUGCAGCAUCAAUGAAGUUUUGUGUAUGUGCACCCCCAACCCACCCUGACUCAUUCAAAUGUCGUCUUCACCGAGCCACCACGUCAGCUCACCCGAGAACCGUUUCGUUGUCAACAUCAAAGAAGAUUUGCUUAUGUGCACCUGCCACCCACCCUGGCUCAUUCAAGUGCCGCCUUCACCGAACCACCACUUCAUCUCACACAAGAACCGUUUCAUCGUCCGCUCAUCACAUAAAUGGCGUCAAAGGUACAAAAAACUUGAAUCCCUUAAAGCUGGUCACGUCUUCACAAAGUGGCAGAGUCAGAAAUUCUAGCAAAGGGAAUGUUCAUGGAAAGCCUAAACUAUCGAGAUUCGGUAGGGCUGCUCUUGCUCAUGCUGCUGCUGCUGCAACUUCUAGUGUACAAAUCCAACCAAUUUCUGCAGCAUUUGGACAAAUGAGUCUUAGUUAGAGAGCCAAUAGAUGGGCAAACAAGAAAAAGAAAAACUCAAGAUCAAGAUUCUACUUUUUAAAGAAGUUACUUGAUUAAUGAUUACUAGAUCUUGCUUACUUGCUCUGUAUAGUUUCAAUUUGGUAAAUACCAAAAAAAAAUGACAACUAUACAACUGUAAAUAUCUUUUUCUCUUUACUUGGGAAUGGCUUUGUAAAUAGUGACAUAUAAUCAAGAAGUACCUGCAGCAGCUACACUCAAGUUUUUAGUACUGAUGAGUGUCUUGGUUGUUAUCAAUGCUGUGUUAACUUGACUGCAAAUAUCCAUAUGUUACUAUUUCUA